AUGCCGACACGAGAUUCUAUAGCUGUUGAAUCAACAUCUGUUAAUACAAAAGGAUUCGAUGUUUCUUUAAAAGAAUUGUGUCAAUUAAUGGAUAUGAGAGGGCCUAAUGCCUUAGAAAAAAUAAAUGCUGAUUAUGGGGGUUUGGAAGGGCUUUGUGCCAAAAUCCAGACAGACCCUUUUAGUGGAUUGCCAAAUAGUUCAGCAGAAUUGGAAAGGCGAAGGAAUGUUUUUGGAAGAAACGAAAUCCCUCCUUUACCUCCAAAAUCGUUUAUUCGUUUAGCUUGGGAAGCAUUACAAGAUGUUACUUUAAUUAUUUUGUUAAUAGCUGCAAUUAUUUCUUUUUGUAUUUCUUUUUAUACUGGAAAUACUUCAAAAAAUAAUUUAAAUAAUAUUAAAACAACAACAAUAAUUCCCGAUUUAAAUAAUACAAGUAAAGAAGUUAUUAAUGAUGAACAUGCAGGGAGAAUUGAAGGAGUGGCUAUUUUAAUUGCUGUGAUUGUUGUUGUUCUUGUAACAGCCUUAAAUGAUUGGUCCAAAGAAAAACAAUUUCGCGGUCUUCAAUCAAAAAUUGAAACAGAACAUAAAUUUUCUGUAAUUAGAGAUAGUAAACCUGUUGAUAUUGUUAUUAAUGAAAUAGUUGUUGGUGAUAUUUGUAGAGUAAAAUAUGGGGAUUUACUUCCAGCAGAUGGAAUUCUCCUUCAAAGUAACGAUUUAAAGGUUGAUGAAUCUUCGUUAACUGGAGAGUCUGACCAUAUAAGAAAAAGUCCGGAAGUAGAUCCUGUUUUACUUUCUGGAACUCAUGCAAUGGAGGGAAGUGGGAGAAUGGUUGUUUGUGCUGUUGGGGUUAAUUCACAAACUGGAAUUAUAAUGACUUUGUUGGGGGUUACAAAAGAAGGGAAUAAUAAUAAUGGAAAUAAUGGAAAUACUCCUCAAAAUAAUCAACAUUCUAUUAAUAACAACAGAAAAUCAACAAAAAUUAAUAAUAAUAAUAUUAGCCAUAAAUCAUUAAAUGGAAUUAAAAAAGAAACAGCAAAUGGCCAAAUUGCAGCUUUUGCCCCUCCUUCAACAGCAACAGAUGAAAGUUUAGGGCAAAAUAAUGGUGGAAGUACAGUGCCUUUAGCCCCAAAUAAUAAUGUUGAUGAAGGAACAACAACAGCAAGUACAAAAACAAAAUCGGUGCUACAGGGAAAGUUAUCAUCAUUAGCAAUACAAAUUGGUUAUAUCGGUUCAAUUGUAGCAGCAGCAACAGUUUUAGUUAUGAUCGUUAAAUAUUCAUUAUCUAAAUUUAUUUGGGGGCCGCCAGAGGAGAGACAAUUAAAUCCAAAUGAUUUCUCUAAUCUUGUAGAAUUUAUAAUUGUUGGAGUAACUGUUUUGGUGAUUGCUGUGCCUGAAGGCCUUCCUUUAGCAAUAACUCUUUCAUUGACUUAUUCUGUUAAGAAAAUGAUGAAAGAUAAUAAUUUGGUUAGGCAUUUGGAUGCUUGUGAAACUAUGGGGAAUGCAACAAGUAUUUGUUCUGAUAAAACUGGAACUUUAACUACAAAUAGAAUGGCUGUUGUUCAAUCAUUUAUUAAUGAUCGUUUUUAUCGAGAAAUUUCUCCGAGUUGGUCUGAAUUGGACAAAAAAACUAGAGAAAUUUUGGUUGAAGGAAUUUCAGUAAAUAGUGGAUAUAAUACACAAGUGUUACUUCCAACAUUGCCGGGCAUUCAAAAAACACAAAUUGGAAAUAAAACAGAAUGUGCACUUCUUGGAUUUACUUUGGAUUUGGGGCAAAAUUAUGAACAAAUUAGGCAUUAUUUUCCAGAAGAGUCUUUAAUUAAAGUUUUUACUUUUAAUUCUGUUCGAAAGUCAAUGAUGACUGUUGUACAUAGAAGGGAAGGUGGAGGGUUUAGACUUCAUGCAAAGGGUGCUUCAGAAAUACUUUUGUGUCGUUGUAAAUAUAUUCUUGGGGUUGAGGGAAAUAUUUUGACAUUUGGAAAUGAAAAACAAAAAGAAAUGAUUAAACAAGUAAUUGAACCUAUGGCCUCUGAUGGAUUGAGAACUAUAGCUAUUGCCUAUAAAGAUUUUGUUGGAAAUAGUGAAUAUCCAAAUGAUGUUAUUUUGUCUGAAGGAGAAAGUUCUUCAAUUAAUUGGGAUGAUGAAGAAUCUUUGAGAGAAGGAUUAACUUUAGUGGCUAUUUUGGGUAUUCAAGACCCUGUCCGUCCAGAAGUGCCUGAAGCUAUUGCUAAAUGUCAACGUUCGGGAAUUACUGUUAGAAUGGUAACUGGAGAUAAUAUAAACACAGCUAGGUCAAUAGCUAUUCAAUGUGGAAUUUUAAAGCCUGGAGAUGAUUAUUUGGUUUUGGAAGGGAAAGAUUUUAAUUCUCGAAUAAGGGAUGAAAAUGGAAUUGUUGAUCAGAGAAAAUUGGACCAAAUUUGGCCAAAAUUAAGAGUAUUAGCCAGAGCUCAACCUUCAGAUAAAUAUAUUUUGGUAAAAGGAAUAAUUGAAUCUAAAUGUACAAAAAACAGAGAAGUUGUUGCAGUAACUGGUGAUGGAACUAACGAUGCCCCAGCAUUAAAAAAGGCGGAUGUUGGGUUUGCAAUGGGAAUUGCUGGCACAGAUGUGGCAAAAGAAGCUUCGGAUAUUAUUUUGACUGACGAUAAUUUUACUUCAAUAGUUAAAGCUGUAAUGUGGGGAAGGAAUGUUUAUGAUUCGAUUGCAAAAUUUCUUCAAUUCCAAUUAACUGUAAAUGUUGUAGCAGUAACUAUAGCUUUUGUCGGGGCCUGUUCAAUUAAAAAUUUACCUUUUCGAGCAGUUCAAAUGCUUUGGGUUAAUUUAAUUAUGGACACAUUAGCCUCUUUAGCAUUAGCCACAGAAAUGCCGACAGAAGAUUUGCUUAAAAGAAAGCCUUAUGGACGUACAAAAUCAUUAAUUUCUCGAACUAUGGUUAAAAACAUAAUUGGGCAUGCAAUAUAUCAAUUAUCUGUUCUUUUUGGACUUUUAUUUUUUGCUGAAAGAUUUAUUCCCGGUUUGGAAGGAGAAAAAGCAAGAGAACAACCACAUGAAGCACCCCCAACAAAACAUUUUACAAUUAUAUUUAAUUCUUUUGUUUUAAUGACUUUGGCUAAUGAAAUUAAUUCGAGAAAAAUACAUAAUGAAAGAAAUGUUUUUAAAGGACUCCUUUCAAAUCCAAUUUUUUGUAUAAUUUGGUUAUUAACAUUAAUUUCACAAAUUUUAAUUGUUCAAUUUGCUGGUGAAUGGUUUUUUACAAAAAGUUUAGAUUUAAUACAUUGGGGAUUUUGUUUUCUUUUUGCUAUUUGUGAAUUAAUAUGGGGACAGAUAAUAAUAACAAUUCCUUCAAAUGUUUUACCCAAAUUUUUUGCUUUUGGAAGAGGAGAGGUUAGGCCAACAUCUAUACUUGUUACUGGAGAAUAUGAUAUACCCGAAGUUCGACAAACAGCUGGACGUGAAAUUGGCGGGGUGCCAGCAGGGAGUAGUGGGGCUAGACCUGGACAGAUAUUGUGGUUACUUGGACUUACUAGAUUACAAACACAAAUGAGAGUUAUACGUGCUUUUCAAUCUAAUAUAAACAAUUCACACCCAUCUUCUUUAACAAUCCAAGCUGGGGAUAGACUUAGACAAUCAUAUAGAAGAUUGAGAAUUGCUAAAGAAUUAGAACGUAAAUUUAAUUUUUAAUUUGUUUAUUUAAUUAAUCCCCUUCUUCUUUUUUCUGUUUGGCACUAUUUAAAUAAAAAUAAUCACUUUGAGUGGAUGCUUAUUUUUUGUGUGCUGUGAAUUUAAAAAAAAGUUAGUUAAACUAAUAAAAAGAAAUAUUCUUAAAAAAUUAAAAGAAGAAGAGG